AUGUGUACGUUAGAGAAACGCGGCGAUCUCUUUCACCUAACCCUAACCGGCGACGACGAGCACCGUUUACACCCCGACACGAUAGCCACCAUUCUCUCCCUUCUUGAUCAAGUCAAAUCUGAAUCCACUCGUGGUUCCGUCCUCAUCACAACCGCUCAUGGAAAGUUCUUCUCCAACGGCUUCGAUCUCGCUUGGGCACAAUCAGCUGGAUCCGGAGCUAUAGGUCGGAUGCAUCAAAUGGUCGAAUCCUUUAAGCCGGUGGUUGCAGCACUUUUCGAACUCCCCAUGCCCACGAUAGCCGCCUUGAACGGCCACGCGGCCGCCUCGGGGCUGAUAUUUGCACUUAGUCACGACUAUGUUUACAUGAGGAAAGACCGUGGGGUUCUGUAUAUGAGCGAGGUGGACAUUGGGCUUCCCGUGCCAGAUUAUUUCUCAGCGUUGGUCGUGGCUAAGAUCGGGACGAGCAUUGCGAGGCGAGAGUUGUUGCUGAGUGGGAAGAAGCUCAAAGGAGAAGAAGCGGUGGCUCUAGGGAUCGUGGACUCCGCGGCGCACGAUAGCGCGGAAGGUGUGGUGGAGGCUACGGUGAGCCUUGGAGAAAGUUUGGCGGCCAAGAAAUGGAGCGGUGAGGUGUAUGCAACGAUCAGGAAGAGUUUGUAUCCAGAGCUUUGUAAGAUGCUUGAUUUAACGGCCAAAACUCCCAACCUCUAA